AUGUCAUUGGUUAAAUUCCAUAAAAUUCGAACAUCGAGUUCUUUCAGUAAACCUCACAUUAAACGUCUUUCACCGUUUCCCUUGCGACAAAUGUCCGGUAAAGUUUCAGACGUCGUCCAGAAAUUGUGGACAACGUAUUCCAGAAACACCACACAAAGCCUCAAACUUAUCGAUGCUUAUUUGGUUUUUGUCCUUUUCUCUGGAAUCUUCCAAUUCAUAUAUUGUGUUCUCGUCGGAACUUACCCCUACAAUGCAUUCCUAGCCGGUUUUAUCUCGACCGUCGGAUCAUUUGUGUUGGCUGCUAAUCUUCGAAUACAAACAAAUCCAGAGAACUCUGGUGAAUUCAAAGGAGUGUCACCAGAAAGAGCUUUCGCGGAUUUCGCAUUUUGCAAUAUUCUGCUUCACUUUUUCGUCGUCAAUUUUAUUGGAUAG